AGUACGUACAGUACGUAGCGGUGCGUAACAUUUUCAGAAUUUGGCGCGAGGUGUUUACAUGCCUGACGGUCUAGUUUGAUGUGAAUGGACUAUAUGACUGUUUUGAAGACGGUCCGUCAUUAACACUGGAUUAUGCUCUCCAUCUUCAAAGAAAGGAGCUGAAAGCAUCCCGACACAAUGUCAGUGGCGGUGGAAACCAGCGUGUCCAGGGGGCCUCUCCCUCUUCCGACCCACUUCUCCCAUGCAGAGCAGUCCUUCUCCCUCAAAAAGCGCCGUUUCCCCUUUUCCUCAUCGUCUACGUCCAACUCAUCCUACUCUUCCCCUGCCCACCUCUCACAUUCUCUGCCCCCGCUGCCACCAUCCAAGGGAUGCCCCCCUCUGAGCAGGAUGUUCCCCCAGCACCUAUCCCCCUGGACACCCCUGUCUUGUUCCCUUAGCAAGUCUCCCCCUCCCAAUUCUGUAUAUGAUCCCAGCAAACAGCAGUCCUAUUUCAGUCAGUGCUACAUCAACUUGGGGCUGCUUGGAAGAGGAUCCUUCGGAGAGGUCUACAAGGUGCAAAGCAACGUGGACGGCCGUCAGUAUGCAGUCAAGCGCUCUGCUCAUCGCUUCAGGGGUAACUGUGACAGGAACCGAAGCGUGAGGGAAGCCAGGAACCACGAGCGCCUCUGUCCUCACCCUCACAUCUUGAAUUUCGUGGCGGCCUGGGAGGAGAUCGGCCGACUGUACAUCCAGACAGAGCUGUGUAGCACCAGCUUGCUGCUCCACGCUGAGAACCAGCCUCCUGGCCCAGACGAGCCUGCAGCAUGGGCCUACCUGUGUGACCUCCUCUCAGCGCUGCAGCACUUGCACUCUCAAGGUUUUGUGCAUCUGGACCUGAAGCCCGCCAACGUCCUUAUUACUGACUCUGGUCGCCUCAAGCUGGCGGACUUCGGGCUGCUGUUUGAGCUCAAACAGAAGACCACAGAGUCUGUAGAGGGGAAAGUGAAGGACGACGUCCAGGAGGGAGAUCCCAGAUACAUGGCGCCUGAGCUGCUCCGUGGGGAGUAUGGAGCGCCUGCAGAUGUUUUCAGUUUGGGUGUUUCUAUUCUGGAGCUUGCCUGUAAUAUGGAGGUCCCAAAUGGUGGAGAGGGCUGGCAACAGCUCAGACAAGGCUGCCUCCCCUCAGAGUUCACCAGUGCCCUCUCCACUGAGCUUCAGACAGUACUGCGGAUGAUGCUGGCCCCAGAACCAUCCGAGAGGCCGACAGUCUCUGAGCUUCUUGCUCUCCCCUCUGUUAGGAAACACCGGUGGAAGAGGCGCGUCUAUCUGAUGGUCACCGAGACCACGCUGACACUGGUCUCCCUCUGUCAGUUGGUGGUGUGCUUUGGGUGGAGACUCCUGUCCUCCCUUAACUUGUCCUUUCUGCCUCACUCGACCAAGCCGGCGCCCUGCACUCCUCCUAAGGGUAGCUGGGACAAGGAUCUAACGCUGCCCCUCAGUGCCAUGCAUGCUGACUCUGGGAGCCCAGAGGAUGAUGCAGUGUUUCUGUUGGAUCCCACAGAUGCAGAGCUUUCUCCCACCUUCUCACACAGGGUCAAAUCUAGACUGUCUGUGGAAAGCACAUCCACUCCUCUCCCAGGAUCACCGAGACGCAACCAUCGAAGUCCUGCCCACACACCCACUCACUCAAAUCUGGGUGACUGGUCCUCCUGUAACUUAGCGCCGACGCCCUCCAGCAUCCACUCAAAUGGUUCCUGCUACACGCUGACGCCCAGCGCGAGUCCCAUUCACACAGAGCUUUAUAGCAUGAAUGAAAACUCCACGCACAGCCCUCAUUCCUCAUCCACCAAGUCCAACUCGCAGCGACGCAGUCGCAACUGGGUCCGAACGGAGGAGGCUUUACCCCGACCCAGCUUUGAACCAAAGAACCUGCUCAGCCUGUUUGAGGACACGACUACAGAGGCACAGCCAUGAGCAGACCUGCCAGUUUACAUUCAGGGGAAACGUUUUCUCACUUUAAAAUGUUCAUGUAUGAAUGUACUUAGUUUGUAUGAACUGUUUUGUAACAGUCUUACAACAGCUUCUUUUAACGUACUUGAAAAAAUAUGUAUUUAGGGAAAAGGGAUUGAAAAUGCUAUCGGACCUUAAAGCACUUUUUAUGUUUGUGUAAAUGCAAUCUGUUGCUGGAAUGACAAGUCAUGAUUUAUUGUUAGAUAAGUUAUCAUUAGCUUGGUGUAUACUCUGAGUCAUUCACCUCAUGAGUUACAGAAGAAAAUAAAACAAAGAGAGAAACAGGA